UCGAGUAGGCACUCGAGUAGGCACUCGUCCAUCGAAGAGCACCCAGUUGCGGUUCGCUUCGAGCAUACGGAGGUAGAUGGGCAUCACGUGAUCAUUGGCCGAGAAGGCAAGCUACGUCAGUGUGAGGACGAGCCCAUCCGCACGCCCGGCGCUGUCCAAGGCUUCGGCGUCCUCGUCGCGCUCCAAGACGACCCAGAUUCCGAGAUGCUCGUCGUGCGCCAGGUGUCUGAAAACGCGACCGAGCUCCUUGGGCUCUCGCCAAAGUACCUGUUCUCGCUGCCCUGCUUCACGGACGUGCUCCCCGACUCGCAGGUCGACGUGCUGUGGGACAACAUUCAGUUCUUGGCGGACCCCGACGCCGGCGGCGAGGAUGAGGACGAGAGCCCGCACGUGUUCCGGCGGCGCGAGUGGUCGUGCUGGUGCGCGGCGCACCGGCCGCGUCGGCACGCCUAUGCGCCGAGCCCGCCCGCAUCCGCGACUUCUGAUUCUGCCGCGUCGUCGUCGCCGCCACUCCCGCCACUGCCUGCAAACGCGGCGUCGGACCUGAUCAUCCUCGAGUUCGAGCUCAAGGUCGACGUGUUCAACCCGCUGUACCCGAACGCUAGCAACCUCACAUCCGAGGCGGUGUCCGCGAUGUCGUCGCCGCUGAGCGGCGGGUCCGUAUCUGCGGGGGGCAGCACGGUCGGGAGCACGGAUGCGAGCAGCUCGACGCUAAUGCGCACGACGCCCGCGGGGCCUGGGGGCGGUGUGCGCGGGCGGCGCGGGGCGCGGGGCACGGCGGGCGGGGGGAGCGUGGGGACGAUCGGGAUGAUGGACGUGUUCGCGGUGAUGGCGCAGAUCAACGAGCAGCUGGGCGCGGCGGGGGAUUUGGUUGCGUUUUUGCGCGUCGUGGUGGGGAUCGUGAAGGACCUGACACAGUUCCAUCGCGUGCUGGUGUAUCAGUUUGACGAGCGGUGGAAUGGGCAGACGGUGGCGGAGUUGGUGGAUUGGAGUCAGACGCGGGAGCUGUAUAGGGGGUUGCAUUUCCCGGCGGGGGAUAUUCCGGCGCAGGCGCGACACUUGUAUACCCUUAAUCGGAUGCGCCUGCUGUACGACCGCGAGCAGGUGACGGCGCGGAUUGUGGUCCGGAGCCCCGAGGACCUGGAGACGCCUCUGAACAUGACGCAUUGCUAUCUCCGCGCGAUGAGCCCGAUCCAUCUCAAGUAUCUUGGGAAUAUGGGCGUGCGCUCGUCCAUGUCCGUCUCGAUCAUGGCGUUCGGGUCGCUGUGGGGGCUCGUGGCGUGUCACUCGUACGGCCCGUGCGGGAUGCGGGUGUCGUUCCCCGUGCGCCAGAUGAUGCGGCUGCUGAGCGACUCGAUCUCGCGGAAUAUAGAGCGGCUGAGCUAUGCGCAGCGGCUGCACACGCGGAAAUUGUUCAACACGCUGUCGUCGGAUCAACACCCGGCGGGAUACAUUGUCUCCAACCCCGACGACCUUCUUGGCCUGUUUGACGCCGACUUUGGCGUCAUCGUGAUCGGCGGCGGGGCAAAGAUCCUGGGGCCGAACCAGCACGGCCAGGAGGUGCUCAUCAUGGCGGAGUACCUGCGGCUGAAGCAGUUUAACGUGAUCCAGGUGUCACAGGCGGUGACGGAGGACUUCCCGGACCUGCAGCUGUCGAACGGGCUCGAGGUGAUCGCUGGGCUGCUAUAUGUGCCGCUGUCGAGUGGCGGGAAGGACUUUAUCGCGUUCUUGCGCAAGGGCCAGCCGCGGGACGUGCGGUGGGCGGGGAGGCCGUCGCGGGCGGACGGCCGCGGGGACGAAAAGACGUCGUUGGAGCCGCGCAAGUCGUUCAAGGUGUGGUCCGAGACGGUCGCGGGGCGGUGUCGGCAGUGGUCGGACGAGCACCUGGAGACGGCUGGCGUGCUCGCGCUGGUGUACGGCAAGUUUAUCGAGGUAUGGAGGCAGAAAGAGACCGCGCUGCAGACGACGCAGCUGACGAAUUUGCUGUUGUCGAACGCCGGCCACGAAGUGCGGACGCCGUUGAACCAUAUCAUCAACUGCCUUGAACUUGCGUUGAACGGGGCUUUGGAUCGUGAGACGCGGGAAAACUUGAGCCAGUCGCACGCCGCGUCGAAGAGCUUGCUGUUUACGAUCAACGACCUCCUUGACCUGACACGUCUCGAGAGCGGCCAGGAGACGUCGUUCAACGAGCCGUUCGACCUGCCCACCGCGAUCGAGGAGGCCACGAGCUUGUACAAGCAGGAGGCGGCCCGCCGCAAGCUGAGGUUCAGACUGGACCUGAUGGGUGGCCCGUUGAGGGUCAUGGGCGACUCGAGCAAGAUCCGCACGGUGGUGGCAAACCUGACUGCCAACGCUCUCAAGUACACGCAGGCCGGCGAGAUCGCCAUCACGUGCCAGACGUUCGAAGAGCCGCAGGGCCUGAGGAACCCAGGACAGAUCGCGGUGGAGAUCAUCGUCGCGGACACAGGCUGCGGGAUCCAGGAAGGCAAGCUGGAGAGCAUUUUCCGCGAGUUCGAGCAGGUGGAGUCGGCUUUGCCGAAGACGGGCAGCGCGCCUGGCCUCGGGCUCGGGUUGGCCGUCGUGGCCCGGAUCGUGGAGCAGCUCGGGGGACAGCUGCGCGUCGACUCGAAGGUCGGCGUUGGGAGCCGGUUCUCGUUCCUGAUCCCGUUCACCGUCGUGUCGAGCGACGCGGAGCGCGGCGUCUCGCCGGCCUUGACCCGCGCGUCAUCGAUCCAGCGGGGAAGCAGCCACGGCUCCGUGAGCAGCCUCGAGGUGGACACCAUCGUCGACGCGCUCUCGAGCGCGCUGGGCAGCCCCGGCUGCCCCGCGCCGCGGCUGGCGUCGCCCGCACGCAGGCCUGGGACGUACCCCAUCGCGGACUCUGGGACGCCGGUGCGGCCCGUCAAGGUGGACCAGUACGAGAUGGACGCGGUGAGACGGCCAAAGUCGGGCGAGAAGCCGCCGUCGCCUGCGUUUGACGGAAAGUUGAGGGUGCUGAUCGUCGAGGACAAUGCCAUCAACCGGACGAUCCUCGCCAAGCGGCUGACCCUUGAUGGGCAUGCUGUCGUCAAUACCACCAAUGGACAGGAGGGCGUCGACAUGAUCAGGUCGGACAAGGAGUUUGACUGCAUCCUCAUGGACGUUCAGAUGCCCAUCUUGAACGGCUUCGAAGCCACCGAAUGCAUCCGGACCCUUGAAAAGUCAAGCCCAUUCCCCAAGCGGCGCGUCUCCCACAUUCUCAACGGGCGGAUCCCCGUGUUCGCCGUCUCGGCGUCCCUGCUGGAGCGCCAGCGCGACGAGCUGGCCAACAUCGGCGUCGACGGGUGGAUCCUGAAGCCGAUCGAUUUUAAGCGGCUGAGGGCGAUCUUGCGCGGCGUGACGGAUUCGCGGCAGCGCGAGCGCGACGAAUACACGGUCGGGCAUUGGGAGAUUGGCGGCUGG